AGCUCUUUGCUUAGGACACUUGUGUGCUAUGAAUUCAGGGCUCACCAGCUGGUGUCAAUGCGAGCCGCGACGCCUGCACAGGAGCGAAUGAACUGGAGGAUCGCGUGGAAAAUUUCUCAUCUGCGCAAAAAACACGUGUACGCGAUGUUGUCCGAACGUGAGAGUGAGCGCGGGGAAAAGUGUCAACAGGAAAUGCGCGUGAACUCGAAUCGAGAUCGUGACUGCGAUGCGCGUUUUUGACAAGUGAUCGCGCUGCGUUAUCGAAGAGGGAAGUGGCUCGACGAAAGGGGUAUAAAAGAGGCUUUGCUUGUUUAGAAGCAGUUUGUCUCGAAUCGUCCCGAUCAGCCUCAAAAUGUCGAUUGCUAUCAAGGGAUUAUUGCUGAGCCUCGGAGUUAUGCUUCUCGUUACCGGCCAAUUGUGCUGGGCUUACCGCCUGCCUUAUUCCUGUUCAGACGAGAAGAAGCAUCAUCUGCCCUACAGAGUUGACGUCCUGACUCCGGUAGAGCCGGCACCUCUAGGCCCACAUCCAUCCCCGCCGCCUCCGCUGAACGACUGCGACGAGGAUGUCUACGACAACUACAAGCACCACAGCCGCGUCUACGAGCACGUCGCUGACCAGUACAAGGAGCCGAGGCCCGGUUACUUGCAGAAGUACGUCCUCUACAACGAGGAGCAGUGCUGAUCCCUUCGAGCUAUAUAUACCUUUAAAUUAACAUCGAUGCAACCAUUUUUUGUAAUAUACCAAAAAAAGUACGCUAACACUUGUUUAUAUCGUUUAUUUAUUUAAAAGACUUACGUUGCGCGCAGUUAUAAGUGCACUACAUAUACAUAGCAUAAGGAGAAAGUGAGUGUAAAUAAUAUACUAUUGUGAACGAAUAAAAAAAAAAUCAUUUUUACGCAAUGUA